AUGAUUCCUGGUACAAUCGUAGCUCAGCUGGAGCAUCAAAAAUUAGUUUCUAGUCAAAUCGCGAGUUCCUUUGAUGAUCUUUAUCAUGGAGGUCGUGACCGAAUCACUCGUCGUCGUCUCGAUGCACGUUUAUCCGCUUUAAAUGAAGAUUGGCAGGAGUUUUCUAGUAAUCAUAAAUGUUUGGGUUUAGCUAUUGCCGAGUUACCAGAAGAUGUAAGAGGCGAAGUUAAAAAUGAUCCUUAUUUUAUAGAAAAUUCUUUUCGAACAACCCGAGAAAUCUUUUUAAAUUCAUUCGAAAAAAUGACCACCCUUCUUGACGAGAUUCAAGAUGGUUCUUCAUCCAGUGACCCAUCUCAACACCUCCAUGCUCCUUCAUCGACAUCACUUUACCAUCGCCUUCCUCAUAUGGAUCUGCCUAAAUUUAAUGGUGACUUUGCUGAAUGGCUUACUUUUCGAGAUAUAUUCAUCUCCUUAGUUUUCAAAAAUCAGUCCUUAUCACCUGUCGAAAAAUUAUUUUAUUUGAGGAGCAGUCUGACUGGUUCAGCUGCAUUACUCUUGAAACAUACCCCUUUAACUGGAGAUAAUUUUGAAAAGGCGUGGCGUGACUUGACUUCUUAUUAUGAUAACAAAAGAAUUUUAAUUGAUUCGACGUUAUAUUCACUUUUUUCUCUUAAAUGUAUACAAAAUGAAUCCGCGACAGAGUUAGAAGAGUUAUAUACAUCAAUACAACAAAAUAUUCGCUUACUAGAGACAUUAGGACAGCCUGUUCAGCAUUGGGACUCUCUCUUAGUUUACUUUACUACUCGUUGUCUUGAUUCAAAUACAUAUCGAGCUUGGGAGUUAGAACUUGGUUCGUCUACAGAAUACCCAAAGUGGAGUCAACUCAGUAAUUUCUUGGUUAGUCGGAUACGUUCCUUACAGGCUCUUACUCGCGCGUCGUCAUUCCAGUCAACAAAUCAAAUUCAAAGUGGACCAAAACUUCCAACUCCUUUAUCUCACACGCGUCAGUCAAAAUCUCACUCUGUUCAGCAGAUAAACUCAACAGAUUCAAUAAUGAAGACUUGUCCAAUUUGUACAAAUGAUCAUUUUACUUACAAAUGCCCUGAAUACACUUCAAAAUCAACUGAUCAAAAACUUAAUGUUAUUAAACAAAAAAAUUUAUGCUUCAAUUGCCUCGGGACGCAUUUAGUAAGGUCAUGCCCUUCUUCGAGACGUUGUAUUAAAUGUGGAAAGAAGCACCAUACUUCUAUCCAUACAUUCACUCCUAAAGUUGCUAAUGACCUCUCUGAUAAUUCUCCCCAGUAUUCUACUCUAAAAUCGACAGACGAUUUAUCAAACAAACAAGUCACUCACCUGAAACCACAAAACCCACCCUUUCGAACAUCUAUUCUUCUAGCUACAGCUCGAGCAAAAGUUGAAUUGGAGCAUGGUCAAUUAAUUUAUGUUAGAAUCCUUAUUGAUCAAGGCUCUGAAAUAUCUUUGGUUACUGAAAGCUUGGUGCAAAUGUAUCGUAUUCCACGGCGGAAAUCUUGUGUAUCAAUUAUUGGAGCCGGUGCGCUACCCACAGGACGAUCAAAGGGCUCAGUUAGUUUGAAAUUAAAGUCGAAUUAUAAUUCUGAUUAUUAUUGCCUUAUGAUAGCCGAAAUCUUACCCAAGUUGACUAGCAUUAUCCCGUCAAGUAAAGUCCACAAUCCAACUUGGGAGCAUUUGACAGAGAUUGAUUUAGCAGAUCCAAAUUUCUUUGAUCCCUCCUCAGUAGAUAUUAUUCUUGGUUCUGAUCUCUACCACGAAAUUAUUGAAAAUGGUCUAAAAAGAGGAAAAGAGGGAGAACCAAUUGCCCAAUUAACCAGUUUCGGAUGGAUUCUUUCUGGUCCAACCGGCCAAACUUCCUCAGUUAACAAUGUUCAAGGAUACCAUUGUUCAUGUGAGCGAGAUUGGUAUGCGUUAAUUGAGGAAUUCUGGCGUGAGGGAGAAGUUACCGAUAGCAAACCACCUUUGACGCCGGACGAGGAAGAGUGUGAGAACCACUUUAGGUCUACACACAAAAGAGUCGACACCGGACAGUAUCAAGUUAGGUUACCUUUUAAGGAUUCUGUCACUUUGCUAGGUGAUUCUAAACUAGCUGCUACCAAAGCUUUACAUAAAUUAUUUCGACAAUUUGCGACUAAUCCCGUAUUCUACAAGGAAUAUGCGAAAUUUAUUAACGAUUAUCAGCAAUUAGGACACAUGGCACUUAUACCAUCUCAAUUUCCUGAACCGACUCCAGUGAAUUACAUCCCACAUCAUGGAGUUUUUUCGCAUGAUUUUAAGUUACGUGUUGUAUUUAACGGAACUGCUAAGGUAUCCAACGGAACCCCCCUUAAUGAUCUUUUUCACAUUGGUGCUAAACUUCAAAUAGAUUUAGUUGAUGUCUUACUUUACUUUCGCCAAUUUCGUUUCGUGUUCUCUACAGACGUAGAAAAAAUGUACCGUCAAAUUCUGGUACACCCUGAUGAUUGGUGCUUUCAACGAAUUUUAUGGAAGGAUUCUUUAGGUAACAUCGAAACAUACAAUUUAACCACAGUCACUUAUGGUCUGUCCUGUUCUCCCUUCCUUGCCUUACGAACAGUAAAUCAAUUAAUAAACGAUGAAGGGGAAAAUUUUCCACUUGCUGUUCCGGUUUUAAUGAAAGGUCGAUAUGUAGACGAUACAUUUGGUGGAGGCGACACAGUACAAGAAAGCCAAUCAAUUGUACAACAGGUCACAAAUUUGUGUAUGGCGGGCGGCUUCCCACUUCGGAAGUGGAUUAGUAAUCACCCAGACAUAUUAAACAGUAUCCCCGCAGAACAUAAAUUACCCAUAGAUUCAUUAUCAAUAGAUAAUCCCAUAUCUAUAUCUGCAUUAGGAUUAUCCUGGCAGCCUUCAGAGGACAUUUUCACAUUUUCUCCUAUUACCGUAGAAGCAGCUCCUUUCACGAAACGAUCAAUUUCUUCAAAAAUCGCACGCCUAUUCGAUCCCCUCGGCUUUAUUGCUCCUAUUGUUAUUAAGGCUAAAAUACUUCUCCAAAAAUUAUGGAUUAUUGGGGUUGGGUGGGACGAACCUAUUCCAAAAGACAUGAUUGAUGAGUGGGUUAAAUUUAUUCAACAAUUGUCUGAUCUUAAGCAGUUGCGGUUUCCUCGAUGGAUUGGUAUCACUGGUAAUUGUAACUUUCAACUGCAUGGGUUUUCCGACGCGUCUCGUGUUGGAAUCUCAGCAGUAUUAUACUUAAGAGUGUCUCUGAAUAGUAAUGUAACGGUUUCAUUUGUGUGCGCCAAAACGAAGGUUGCCCCUAUUAAAAGGCUCACCAUCCCUCGAUUAGAGCUUUCUGCAGCUACUCUUCUCACACGAUUAACGAAUCAUGUAUGUCGAACUCUUGACCUCAACAACCCACCCCUCUUUUUAUGGACUGACUCUGCUAUUGUUCACACUUGGGUUAAUAAUCACCCUUCCAAGUGGAAAGACUACGUGCAUAACCGUGUAUGUUUUAUACAAGAGACGUUGCCACUAGCUCAAUGGAAAUUUAUCCCUGGCAUGGAUAACCCAGCUGAUUGUGCCUCUCGUGGAAUGACCCCAAUCGAACUGUUAGCAAAUAAAAAGUGGUGGAAUGGCCCAUCAUGGUUGGCUGCUGAACCAACAUAUUGGCCUGGCAAUAUUCCAGCAAAACCUCUAGAUAAUCUAUUAGAAAUCAAACAAACUAAUUCAGUUAAUGUGAUACGUACUCCAGUCCCGAAACUUUGGAGCUUAAUAGAACGCUAUUCGAGUUUUACGAAAUUGUUACGCAUUACGGCCAUUUGUUAUCGAGUAAUAAAAAAAUUUCGACAUAGGUUUGAUGGACCUAUAACAUCUCCACUAACCCCUGAAGAAUUAGUUGAUGCCAAAUAUUACUGGGUUCAUCAAGUUCAACUUGCCUUUUAUCCCAAUGAACUUACUACUCUUUCCAAUAAAGAAAAUCUCCCUAAACAGAAUUCUUUAAUUCGGUUAAUGCCAUUUAUCGAUGAGAAAGGGAUUCUUCGAGUAGGUGGAAGGUUGAUAAACUCUGAACUCAGUUAUGAAAACAAACAUCCCUUCAUCCUUCCGCGUACGUGUUCGUUAUCUAAUCUUAUUAUCUCUGAUGCACACUCUAGGACGCUUCAUGGAUCUACGCAAUCCACCCUAACCUAUAUUAGGACCACCUGUUGGAUUGUUGGUGGUAGAGCACCGGUACGCUCUUUAAUAUUAAAAUGCAUCAAAUGCUCCAUAUGGCGGAAAAAAAAUGCUCAACAAAUGAUGGGCCAGCUUCCCUUUACUCGGGUGACUCGAGUUGACCGACCAUUCAUUCACACUGGACUUGAUUACGCUGGUCCCUUUAGUCUAAAAACGUGGAAAGGGCGGGCGGCAAAAUUAUACAAAGCAUAUUUUGCACUCUUCGUGUGUCAAUCUACUUCCGCAAUACAUAUUGAACUCGUCACCGAUUACACAACCGAGGCCUUUUUAGCAGCUUACCAACGUUUCGUGUCUCGACGGGGUAUUUGCCAAACCAUCUCGAGUGAUUGUGGCACAAAUCUGAAGGGCGCGGAUGCUGAAUUAAAAAGGUUAUUCGCGAAAACUUCUUAUGAACUAGGCAAUUUAGCAUCGUUAAUUGCUAACGAUGGCACUAAAUGGCUAUUCAACCCUCCAGCAGCCCCUCAUUUUGGUGGCAAAUGGGAGGCUGCGGUAAAGUCCGUCAAGUAUCACCUCCGCAGAGUUGUUGGUGACACACUUUUAACCUACGAAGAAAUGACAACCCUUCUCACUCAAAUUGAAGCAGUGCUUAAUUCUAGACCACUUUGCCCCAUUACAGAUGAUCCUGAUGACCUAUCUGUCUUAACCCCUGGCCACUUUCUAAUCGGAACUUCGUUAACUGCUACACCGGAACCUACUUUAGAAGGGAUAAAUAUCAAUAGACUUAGUCGGUGGCAGCGUAUUCAGCAAAUGAGAGAGACUUUUUGGACGAGAUGGUCACGCGAAUGUCUUCAGCGUUAUCAGGCAGUAUAUAAGUGGAAUCACGAAAAGGAAAAUAUCUCGAUUGGAACCAUUGUAUUGAUUAUGGAUGAACGUUACCCCCCCACAAAAUGGCCACUCGGACGUAUAAUACAGGUUCACCCAGGAAAGGAUGGUCGGGUUAGAGUUGCAACAGUGAAGACUGAAACUAGUACAGUUACAAGACCAAUUGUCAAACUUUGCCCUCUUCCUGUAGAAACUAGUGCCGAGUAA